CUCCUCUAGAAUUUCGGAUUCGUCGAGGACAGUGCGUAGGUUCGCCCAACCAUGGCUUUUCAAAUCUCUCCACCAAUAUGUCCCUCUCCGCAUACUCAUGACCUCAUCUCCGUCAUACGGAUUUAUAUAAGGGGAGAACUAGACUUCACUUCUCACACCGUCCUAUCUUCAGACAAACUUUACAUGCUCUGACCAUAUUAACGCCACAAUCAACGCAAAGGAGCUUAUCGAGUCCAAACUACCAUCGCCAAUAUGACAUCCAGAAUGAACCCAAACGUCAACCUCAACGAGUCGGAAAGCUUCACCGAACAUUUCAAUGAAAAUGUCGAUUACACCCGAGACAAGGCCCAGGCUACAUCUGAAGACAUGGGCAUGGACAUGGGCCAGGGCCAAAGCCAGAGAGGCCAGAACCUAGCCCAGACCCAAGCCGAUGCUCAAGCCCAGACCGGCAGUGGCAUGAACACUACGGAUAACCAGAGAGCUACCGAGGCCCAGACCAGCAUUGACAGCACCAAUGCGGGCGUGGAUCACCGCCGAACGAGCUACUCGUUUACCGCGGAUACUCUGGCCCAUCCCGACUAUAGGUACAGGACCGGCCCUGAGGAAUAAAACCUUUCGUGAUGGUACCAGUAGGCUUAGCAAGCGGAUGUUGCCAUGCGAUCAAAUUGUAAAUGCCAG